AGAGCGGAAGCGCCAGUGCGCACCACCCCAUAAUAAUCGGGCUGUUCACCGUCGCUGUCAGUUCCACAGUUCCAGCGAACAGAGGAGACGAAUUAGUUCUUGAAAUAUCUUUUUUGAGGGAUUUGACGAGACCGGAGAAAACCAUUUUUAAAGGAGCGCAAAAUCCGAUUUUGAACUUUCCAGAUGAAAACCCGGCGAUAAGGAUCGAACAUUCGCUCGGUGGAUGAUUUUAUGAAGCUUAUUUGCACUGCGGAUUUAUUUCUGCCCCGUUUCUUGGCCCACUUUUAUUUGAGUUCUUGGCGGAAAGUCCGCACAUAUUCUUCGAAGUUCCUCUGGUCAUGUUUUGGUGAAAUCCCGUUUUAAGCUCGCUUUUUAUUCCGGGGGAAAUCGACAGGGAUGCUGACGGCACUAGUUUGGCUCUUGUACCUGGUCAGUGGACGCGCGGCUCGGACGCAGGAUGCCACAGGUAGCCGCUUCGUCUGUAACGCCAUCCCCCCGGGCGCGGAACCGGGCUGCGGAUACGAUCCAACUGGAAACCGAAUCCAGAGCAGCAGCCCUUUGGAGGACGAGCUUCGGAGUACGAUCAUCCAACUCCGCGAGACGAUCCUGCAACAAAAGGAGACCAUCGUGAGCCAGCAGGGGACAAUAAAGGAGCUGAACUCCAAACUGGCGCGCUGUGAGGCUGCUGCUGACGAGUCCUCGCAGGGCAAGUCCCGGGGUCAGGGCUCCAGGCGGAAAGAAUACGGCAAGAACACCAUGGGGGAUCUGCCUCGGGACCCCACUGAAACCAUAGACCAGCUGGGGAAGACCAUGCAGAGUCUUAAAGGUCGAUUAGAGAACUUAGAGCAGCAGAAUUUACGCCUGCCUGGCCUCAACGUCUCGGCCGGCAACCUGCCAGCCCUGACACCUCUGCCGCCGGAGCUGAGAGACAUCCUGCGCCAGCGACUGGGAGUGCUGGAGACCCAACUGCUGCGGAAGGUGGCCGAGCUGGAGGAGGAGAAGAGCCAGCUGUACAACGAAACGGCGGCUCACCGUCAGCGCACGGAAAGCGCUCUCAACUCUCUCCUGGAGAGGAUCACGGAGCUGGAGAAAAGUAAUAAUGCCUUCAAGUCGCCGGAGGACUUCAAGGUGUCGCUGUCUCUGCGUACUAACUACCUGUAUGGUCGCAUCAAGAAGAGCCUUCCGGAGAUGUACGCCUUCACUGUGUGCAUGUGGCUCAAGUCCAGCGCCAGUCCGGGAAUAGGAACGCCAUUUUCCUACGGUGUUCCCGGACAAGCCAACGAAAUAGUCCUCAUUGAGUGGGGGAACAACCCCAUUGAGCUUCUGGUCAACGACAAGGUGGCUCAACUUCCUCUGUCGGUGAGCGACGGCCGCUGGCACCACAUCUGCAUCACCUGGACGACAAGAGACGGCUACUGGGAGGCUUACCAGGACGGAGAGCGUCUGGGCACCGGGGACAACCUGGCCCCCUGGCACCCAAUUAAACCUGGAGGAGUCAUCAUCCUGGGCCAGGAGCAGGACAUAGUCGGAGGCCGCUUCGACGCCACCCAGGCUUUUGUCGGGGAGCUGAGCCAGUUCAACAUGUGGGACCGAGUACUGCGGCCCGUCGACAUCGUUGGUCUCGCCAACUGCUCCGCCUACAUGCCCGGGAACGUGGUCCCCUGGAUCGACGCCAACGUGGAGGUCUUCGGCGGCGCUACGAAAAGUGCUUUGGAGAUUUGCGAAGAUCGCGCCUUCGAUUCUUAAGGAAGGUCAUCUGGAGCUGACUGAUCUCAACGUGUAUUCAUGCGGCCUGGAUUCGUAGAGAAUGGCUCCCAGAUUCACAUGGUGUCCAUUAGCAACUAUAAAGGCUCAGCAGGAGACCAAAAAAAAAGCCCAAGAGAAGAGUUAGUGUUGCAUCAGUUCGCACCAAUGCCACGACGCUUUUGCCAUCGUUUUCUUCUUUGUUGACUCCUCUUUAAAAGGUCUUUUCGGUUGCUUUGUUGGAGAUGCUGCACUGUAUUUUUGUGAGCUGGAGGCUUUGAUGUGCUCUGAGUUACGUGCUAGACAUGCUGUGUGCUUCCUCGCUGGCUGGUCGAGGCAUCGGGAGGAUGAGAAUCCUCAGAUGCGGACAAAAUCAAGCGACGCCGUUGGUUACUCCGCCACAUCCCAUCAUGGCUGAUCGUCAGGUGUUCAUGCAUGAGCCCAAGCAAGACAUGGAAGUGCAUGUGUUCUGUCUGCACACAGAAAGCGAAGGGUGUGUUGCGUAAGAGUGUGUGUUGUCUUGGUGAGAUUAUAAGAGAGGACAUUUUCAUUCUUGUAAAUCUAUGCUUAAUACCUCUCUGCCCCUUGAGCAGCUGCCACAACCAGCUUUGUGGAUGCGUUGGCUCCGCUCAGGUUAAUAGCGGCGUCGGACAUCUGCCCGGGAUGAGCUCAGCCGGCAGUGUGGACGGCAGCCGACUACCCAGAGAGGACAGGAGCGGGAGCUUGACCUUCACUGACGGCCCUUAAUUCCUUCUCUAUUCCUGUUUAUGAAUGAUUAUCGCAGCAGGAGACGCCAGUGUCCGUCAAAGCUUAGCGGAUCAUUACUGACAGAAAAGGGAUUUCGUCUCGCCGGCACACAGAUGCACAAUACUAGCAGGCAACAGCAGCAUUUUUUUAGAGCAACGUUCACUGUUUUUGAUGCUUUGUUGUUGCUAAAUGAAUGUCAGAGCUCAAUGUUGUGUCUUCAUAAUUUUUGGAACACUGAGUUAUCGUAGCCAGGCAGGAAACAAUGACUCAUAGAGAGCCUUUGUUAUUAAAAAUCCUGACAACUUAAAUUAAGAAUGACUUGUUUGGACUCUUGUGUGCUCCGUUGUUUACAAAUGAAAAUACAUAGAUAAGCACCUUCGAACAACCUUUUAUGGUUCAACUAUUCAGCAAAGUUGACUUUGUUUUGAGCCUGACUCACGGCUAUGCAGGGGUCACCUCGCAUAUGAAGGGCGAGAGGAAAGGUUGCGGGGUCGCACAAUGUUUAUGUAAACAAACAUGUUGAUAAAGUAUAAUAAUAAGGGAAAAAAUACACGUCUUGAACUGUUGCUAAAUUACAGGAAGGCCACUGAAAAGAGCAUCAAAACAAGCUAGAACAUUAGCUGUGAUGAGGAAUUGAAUAACUUUCAUACAUGCGAAUUAUUAUUAUAAAUUAUACACUUUUAUCAUGACUAUAUUAUAAAGUAUAAAAUAUAUUUGUGAAUAAACCUUUGUAUUAAUGAACAUUUUAAGACCCUAAAAACAGUGUACUGUUUGAAACGUUAAAUAUUUAUUUAUUUAUAUGAAUAAUAGCCAUUUGCAACAACAAGUGAACUGACAUAUUUAUAUGAACUCUUUAUUUUGAUUAGGUUGUUAAAAAGCAUCUAGCAUAACACCAUAGCUGUGAAAAUAGGAAUGACAUUGAUGAAAAAUGGAUUCGAUUAACAAUAAGUUAUUUCACAUUAAUAAACUGGAUUAUUUUUAAUGAUGUGCGUGGGGGUUUAAUAAAGUGUGAACAUAUAUAUUUGCACACUACACAGUAAAAGAAGCCCUGGGCGCUCAGCAGUAUUGAUUCAUUUAUUAAAAUAUUUCAUAAGUGGGUGACCGACUGGGUUCAGGUUAAGCGCCUUUGGCGUGGUGCGCGUGGUUAUACUUAUAUAAUAUAGUGAAGCAAAAUCGCCAUGAAACUUUUUUUUCAGAUGAGCAGAGUGCAGUUAGUUAAUAAUUCAUCAUAAUGACCACCCUGGUGACAAUAAUGGCCAGGUGAUUAGGAUUUAAUUCCAGGUCAUAAAGAAUUUAGAAGCUUUUAAAUGAACGUGGGUUCAUCAGUUUGGAUUUAUGUCUUUAGCAUGUGAUCCCAACUGGUUUCAUAACCGUGGUAAUAAAGGAGAAUACGCAAGUGAAACAUACAUAUGCCCCAAAAACAAUGAUUUAUAAGGAAUGAUGGAGUCUUCAUGUUCGAAUCGUGAGCACAUGAUGCAGAAUGUUACGGACAGCACAGAAUGUUAGGAGGGGUGUUGAAAACCGUGAUGUGCUUAUGUCAUGAUAGGUGUCUUGUUGACAUCAGUCGGGGGAUAUGAAGCGUGUCCCUAUAAGCCUGGAGAGCCUUUCGUCCAGUGGCACUUCAAACCAGGAGUUUCUGCUAAAAAGCCUUGCUAAAGUGCCCGUCUGUGCGUCACCCUUUUUGUGACAGGUGAAGCCAGAAAUGCGUGAGAGUGACAUCAGCUGAUUCCAUAUUGAUGAGGCUGUCAACCUUGCAAAAGUCCUGCCACACACUUUAAUUAUUGAAGUCCGUCAUCAUUACUCAGAAACUGUCCAGUUCCGCUGAGUCAGCGCUUUCUUAAAAAAAAAUACCGGAGCAUUCAUUAACGGCAUCGACGCCGUCGGUAAGCAAAGAUGGUGGAAGAGUUACACUUGAGAGACGGGAGCAGCCUGUGAGGAGGAUUAGAAGCGUCUGGGAGACUCUGCCUGAAUGUUGUUGCAUCACGCGAGACUCAUCUUUUGUCAGCUGUCUACGCUUUCUUCUGAAGAGCACAAUGAGUGUUUGAUGUUUCAGCAACAUCUCUGUAUUUCUACUGUGACAUUUGCUGUUGCUCUCUGGACAAAUGAGUCAUUAAAAAAAGAA